AUGCUCAGGAACACUGACUUUCCCAAGGGGCGGCGUCCCAGCCCCCGGGGGCGGUGCAGUCCCGGGGAGACAGAAGGGCGGGCCCGACCUCCCAGACCCCAAGGUAGACGGGCGACGCCCCCCGACCCGCCCAGGGGUCCUGAAACCUCCGCGCCGGGACGCGGACGAGGCCGGGGCGUGGUGCCCUCCGGGCCCGCGGCCCAGACCCAGACCUCCGCGGCCGCCCGCGGGCCUCGGCGCUACCAGCCCCGUGACGCGGGGCCUGCCGAGCGCUGGCCAACCGCCGCCCGGAGUCCCUACAGCUGCCGCCGCCACCCCCCGACGACCUCCCUCCCUCCCAUUUCCCCCGAAAAGGAGCAGAGCCCCCCUGGCGCCCAGACGGUCCCCUCCUCUCCCCCCACCGCCGCGGCCCCUCCCCGCACCCGCGUCCCAGGCACCUUCCCCCGCCACCGAGGGCAGAGGGACGCUCCGACGGGAAGCGUGGCGCUGUCAGGCAGGGGCACGACGGAGGAAGUGCGCGAGAGAGCCGGCCGGCCGGCCGGUCGGAGGGCGGUCCCCGGGCUCGGAGGGCGGGGAGAGGCGCCCGGCGACCUGGCGGAGAGCAGAGCAAAGGACAGGCGACGACCGGCCGGGCAGACCGGUCCAGGGCCGGCGACGACCGGCCGGGCAGACCGGUCCAGGGCCGGCGGCGACCGGCAGGCGAGCGGCCCCCGCCCCGCCGCGCAGCCCGCGAGACGCACCGGAGGCCCCGGACUGUGCGGUGGCGCCCGGGGGCAGUCGUGGCCGCCGCCAGAGGGGAAGGUGCUAGCGGGGGGAACCUCAGUUCCCCGGAACCCUCGGCCCCCCAACCUCGAGGUAUAUAGCCGGGGGGUCGGGCGGGAGAGAGACACCGCCGGAGAUGACGACCUGGGGCCGGGGGAGGGGGGCGUGCGGGUCGAGAGGCGAGGACGGGGUGGGGGGAGGUGCGGAGGGGGCGGGAGGCGAGGAGCUGCCUUCUGGCCCGAAGACCCUUUUCACGCCGCCCCCCACCUUCUCGCCCUCCUUCCCCUACCGGAAAGACCACCGGACCCGACCGCCGGCCGCCGGGCAGACCCUGUCCCCGCGCGGAGGGACGGGCCUCCGGAUGUCUCGCUCCCUCCGUCCCAUCCCGCGCUGCUCUGGUGGAGGAAGCUCGCGAGCCGGCGGGCGAGGCCACCGCGCUGUUACCUAACAAAUUGA